GUCACUCUCAGGUGGCUCAGGGACGGAGGAUAUAAAGGGCGGGACGCGUGGGCAGCAUUCGCUCAUUUGGCCACGACGGUGCAAGGUGCGCAAGUCAAUCUCCCUCCCCGACCCCCAGCAAGGAGCCACCGCACCUCCCUCCUGCCUGUCAGAACUAUGCUCCACCGAGGCACAGAAUCAUCACAACUUUAAACUAAAAUCAACAAAACAAGUCAAAUCACGCCAACAACCACCAAAUAACUCAACACCUGUACACUUAUCAAAACAAGAUGGCUUUUGGAAGAGUGUGGCUCUCUAUCAGCAUGUUUCUCCUGGCGGCGGCCUUGCAGUGGUCGUCUGUCAAUGCGGUGGUGAGGGCGGAAGACACUGAGCCCGAACUACCGGUGGUGGCCUUUUACCCAGAGACGCUGGACCUCAUCACGGAGGGCAAGACGGUGCAAGUCAUGUGGUACACCAACAUCACGGACAACGCAGAAACUGUGGACGCGAAAAUGGCGAAAUGGAGAGAGGCAGAGGUGGCAGACUUCGGGGAGCCAAUCCAGGGCACCCCGCAGCUGGAGGACGCCAACGCCACAGACAUCCUGAGCAUGACCGACAUCUCCUACUACGGCUACGUCAAUGUCACCGCCAAGUUCGUGGGCUUCAACACACUCCUGGUGAAGCUUUAUAAUGAAAUGAACGAGACCGUGGCGGAGGGCGAGAUGGCUAUGACGGUGAAACUGAAGUCAGAUAACCUCAUUACUAUCUACACCUACGUGGUGGGCGUCACUACUGCCGUGGUCUACUUCCUCAUGGGCAUGACCAUCGACCUGCAGGUGGUGAAGGGCAUCGCCAAGAGACCGGUGGGGCCUGCAGUGGGGAUCUUCUGCCAGUACAUCAUGAUGCCUUUAAUCUCCUUCGGCCUGGGCCUCGCGUUGUACUCCGGGGACUCCUUCGAAGAGCGACUGAUGCGGCUGGGUAUGUUCCUGAGCGGCUGCUGUCCCGGGGGCGGCGCUUCCAACAUGUGGACCCACCUGCUGGGCGGCUCCCUCGACCUCUCCUGCAUGAUGACCUGUGUCUCCACCUUCGUUUCUUUUGCAUCAGUACCGCUGUGGGUGUUGACGCUGGGGCCUGUCAUCAUGUCUGACGCCGACUUCGUCAUCCCUUACAUCGACAUCACCAUCACCGUCAUCUCCCUCAUCAUCCCCUGCGGCGUCGGGAUCCUCCUCCAGGCAAAAUUCCCAGGGAGCAAGAUGGUGAGGUUCUGCAGCAAGAUGAUGUCCCCCUUUUGCGCCAUGAACCUCAUCCUGAUCUUCACCUUCGGGACGUACUGCUACCUGUACAUCUUCACGCUCUUCGACUGGAGGACGCUGGUGGCAGGAAUUGCGCUCCCCACGCUGGGCUACACCGCGGGGUCUAUCUUCGCGGCGCUGUUCCGCAUGGACACUGCGCGCAUCAUCGCCGUAGGGGUGGAGACGGGCGUGCAGAACUACACCAUUGCCCUCGUCAUUCUCAUCCUCACUGUGUCGAGCCCCGCGGGAGAGAUCGCGACAGCCCUGCCCGGCGCCUUCAUGCUCUUCACCCCGUUGCCUCUUCUCAUCCUGCUCUUCAUCAGGAAAAGCUACCUGUGGUACCGAAAUCGCCACUCCGACAAGCUCUCGCCCUCCACAGGCCUCAAGGACGUGCCAGGAAAGACCGGCGUCUCGAAGGGCGUAGCGCACCACCAGAGCGACGUGGAGAAGAAAGGCAGCGGCAUCGACAACUUGGCCGCCGAGCUCAGUGACAAAGUGUAAACAGCGGCAGCCACCUCCACUUCGUACGCCAGGUGUCGUCUCGCUUCGGCGCUCGUGACAAGCUCGGCCCUCAUUUCAUCACUUGGCGGGCGCCACAGUCCCUCUGCACUUAUUAACUUAAGAUAUUCCUAGGACUCCAUGCAGUGUGGUAAGGAAGGUUCAUCAGGAUCACGCCAGCAAUGAAGCAGCGGUUAGGUAUCCCGCCUCGCCUCCUGUGAAGGUAUCUGGCACCACCCUAAUUGUGUCCACAUAUCUACCUGCAUUAUGAAGUGUUGGGUAUGCAGUGGUUGUGACUUUCCAUAUUUGCAUUAACUGUGUAAACUGACAUACCUAAAGCUACGUGGCUAAUAACAGGCAAUAAUAUAAAUACAAAGGAAUGCCAGAUGUAUCUAAAUGCAGAGAUUAUUCAUGCAUCAUAUAUACGUCUAAAACUAUAAAUUAACUUUAUUUUUUGUUUUUUUCUUUAUAAAACAAACAACAUACAGUAAGUAGUGUGAAUACAUUUGCGGCAGGGCAGAGCCGACUUACCGCAUAAAAUGCACUGCUCCUCGCGCCAAAGCAACGAGAAAAUAUGCCAUUGUUUGGCGUCAUGUCACCAACAUAGACCUUCAGAUCACAGCCGCCGCCGUAUAGUCAGUUAGCCUUCUGACUGCCAAUGAUGCUACACUUUUGCUCCAUUUCAGUGAUGGAGAACAGUUUUAAUGAGCAAAAGUAAGAUAACAGGCACUAAAAAUGCCUAACUACUCGACUUUGUAGGUUAUAUCUUAAAAAAAAAAAAAUGUGAAUUUGCAUCAAUCUAUUUCAUUAGGCUCAGGGGACCCAGAAGAGUCAGAGGGUUAAGAGACAACAACAAGCAGGAAGCACACACCUGGAUUCCAGGGGUGUAUGCCUCCUCCCACUCAUUCACUUCUGGAGUCCUUUUUCUUCCAGUAUUAGCCAAUCAGGGUCUGGAGGCUAGAUGGUAAUGAAACUUAUCUCUACUUUCCCUAAUAAGAUAUUGUCUUUUUAACAUGUUAGUUACCCAAAGUUGUGCCCUUGUCUAGAUGUACUGUGUGUUCUCACCACCCUCUCACCACUUCAUGCAGUUUUCGCAAUUCAUCAGAUUUUCUCUCCGCAAUCAAUGAACUAAAACAAGAUAACUAUAUACAAGUACUGCCAGACUAUGUUGCCCAAAAAGCUAAUAGUACAUAUUAGUUUCGUGGAGCCUUCGUGGUCCGUUCUGCAUCUGUCGUGCACAGUCUUUGGAAAGGCAAGCACAAGGCAAGAUGCAAAGGCCAGGCAGUUCACCCCUCUAACCACAACUCCAUCAUCCUUUCUUACUCCUUUCGCGGCGCAGUGCCCCUCAUUCUCUGUAACUUCCAAGCUUCCAAUUAUAUAUUUUUUUAUGAUUAAGAGUUUUGAUUAGGAGCGAGUCAUGUUAUUUGUAUUUCCAAGUUUUUAAGAAUCUAUUAAAGUAUUAAGAGUCUUAGAUUUCGAAGUACUCGACUUCUCAAUAUUUAUGAAACACUGUAGUUACUAAAAAUCACAAACCUCCGUUUGUAUUUUGUUCUACUAUGGCUUCCAAAUAAAAAAAAAAAGCGAG